UCAUUUCUGUGGGUGGAGAAAAAUAUACAUUGUUGAUGUUCUAGUUUCUAGGUUUUGGAGCAGCAUGGCUAGAUGCAACACUUUGAGCGACAGACGAGCCAUUUUUUUCACUCUCUUCGAGGACCGCAUCAGACGUGAAUUUCAAACUCAAUCCGCGGAUACAAUGUCGACGAUCGUCACUGCCGUUUCCCACAUUUUGCUACCAAUCCCAGAGAGGCCCUCGAUUCUUCUCUGUCUCGCGUCUUCCGACGCGAAGGAAACUGGGGCCAGAAUCGUGAGGGGAAUUGCUUCGGCAGUGAUGUCGGCUUUCCAGAAGCCGAGUUACAACGUCGACAAAGUGACGCUUAAUUGUUCAGAAUAUGCAAGCACCGCCGAGUUUUGGAAAUUUUAUGAGGAUACAAGCGAGCGUAUGAGGCGAGAUAAGGUCGUCGUGCUUAAAGAUUUCGAAAAAAUCAACGCUCAAGUAGCAACCGCCCUUUGCCACCUGGCAGAUGAUACUUACGCUCCUUUUCCACAGUCCAUCAUAAUCGCCUGUUUGGAUAUCGGGAAUCGAUUCGAUUCCAGCAACUUGAAACGACAGGCGCCUGUUACCCUGGCUGAAACUUUCCUAGAAGAAAAGUGGGAGUAUUUCCUCGAUCGGGUAGCUUUGACGGAGCUUCUUGGACGUUUGACUGGCAGGGCCGUUUUAAUCGAGCGAGAAAUACCGCUGCGUAGGCGGCCGGGUUCUUUGCCUUCGAUCACAGGGUAUUUGGGACCACCACCGAAGCUGCGAAGGCGUCGACAAAUCGCGAGAAGUGAGAUGCAUAUCUGACAGAGAAAAAAUUGCGCGACGGUCAUAAAAAUGAUUCUGUGAACGCCAACGUAGCUGAAGAAUCGGAGCAAAACACCGAAACUGGAUACUUGAUCUGACAUGAAAUUCGAGCGAAUUGCAUCAAAGCCACGAAAUCUAGUUAUUAUAAAUGUUAACACUAUUUGAGUAUUGAUGAAAUUGUUAUAACAUUAAAGUAAGACCGGUAAAAAUGCAUUACAUAAAUCAGUGUGAAAAGAAAUCGAAUAAAAAAUGAUAAGCAACAGUGAAAUACUCGACCAGAUUUGCGCAGCCAUAAUAAUAGGGUGCAAAAUUAUCAUAUAUGUGCGAAAAAAAGAGUUUCCUGUAAUUUAUAAAUAUA